AUGCCCAAAUCCGUCUUUCGGCCGUGCAUUGACCUUCAUGAUGGUGUGGUGAAGCAAAUCGUUGGCGGUACACUGUCAGAAACCGAUCAGACAUCUCUCAAAACCAACUUUGUGGCGAAUAAACCGCCCACCUACUAUGCAGAUCUCUAUAAACAGAAUGGCUUAGAGGGGGGCCAUGUAAUCAAGCUCGGUCCGAACAACGACGAGGCGGCAAAAGAAGCCUUAGCUGCGUGGCCAGGUGGCCUGCAGGUUGGAGGUGGUAUAACCGAGGAGAACGCCCAAGCAUGGCUGGACGCCGGGGCCAGCAAGGUCAUCGUUACGUCCUAUCUGUUCCCCCAAGCAAGGUUCUCGCUCCAAAGACUCAAGGUCAUAUCUCACGCUGUCGGAAAGGAGAAAUUGGUGGUCGAUGUCAGCUGUCGGAGGAGGGAACACGGAUGGUUCGUGGCCAUGAAUAAAUGGCAGGACAUCACCGAUAUGGAGGUUUGCAAAGAAUCCCUCGACAUCCUCUCGGAAUACUGCAGCGAGUUCUUGAUACACGCUGCCGAUGUAGAAGGUUUGUGUAAAGGUGUCGACCGCGAACUUGUUAAAAAACUGGGCGAGUGGGUCACAAUACCGACGACUUAUGCCGGAGGAGCAAAUUAUGUCGGGGAUCUCGAUCUUGUCGAACGACUAUCGGGCGGUAAAGUCGAUCUGACGUUUGGAAGCGCAUUGGACAUCUUUGGAGGAUCUUUGGUAAAGUUUGAUGAGUUAGUUCAGCGUAGUAAACAAUAG